CGCCCGGAGAUGACGUACGGCGCUCCGCGGAGCCAAGAUGGUGUCGGUGACUCUGGCCACGUCAGAGUGGAUUCAGUUUUUCAAAGAUGCCGGAAUACCAGCGGGACCAGCUGUCAACUAUGCUGUCAGCUUUGUGGAUAACAGGAUUCAGAAGAACAUGCUCAUGGACCUUACCAAAGACAUCAUGAAUGAACUGGGCAUCACAGCUGUUGGGGAUGUUAUUGCCAUUCUGAAACAUGCCAAAGUGGUUUACAAGCAGGAACUUGCUAAGGUGGCCACAGAGUCUAUAAACCCGACUCAUGGAAACGUGCAUUUCGAAUUAAAACGAACAGCUGGCUCACCUGCCUCUCGAAUGAUUGCUAACAGCUUGAGCAGAGAAUCCCCACCUUCUACCCCUGUGCGGAGGCCUGAAACAACCACUUCCAAAAUAUCCGUCACCGUGGCCAACAAACUUGCCACAAAGAAAGCAGUUCUUUCCAGACCAGCUGAUCCCGGUCCAGACAAUUCUGUGAAGCGACGGAGAGUGACUGCAGAAAUGGAAGGUAAAUACGUAAUCAAUAUGCCAAAAGGGACAACAGCAAAAACUAAGAAAAUCCUGGAACAGCAAGCCACGAAAGCUUUGCCAAGAAUGUCAGUCUUUGAUAGGCUCGGUGCAGAAACAAAAGCAGACACCACUACUGGGAGCAAGCCAACAGGGGUCUUCAGCCGCCUGGGUGAAGUCGUCAGUCAAAAGGAGAGCAGCGAUGACGAUGAAGCUGGUUCCGUGCUUCAGUACGCUGGAGUCUUGAAGAGAGCCCCGGCAGCAUCCGUCCAGGAGAGCCCCAAGCUCCCGCUGGUAACCAAGGAGAGAGCCGCCGCUGUGAAAGCCAAGGCUGCGGCCACCACGAUAAGGCAGCUGGCCAUCCCGAAAGGCAGCGGCAGGACCGUGCCUGGCAAGGGCGCCCAGACCGCAGGCGCAGCGCCUACUGUCCGCCUGCAGUCAGCGGGACAAGCCAAGGUCAGUGUCAGGCAAAGGCUGGGGAAGCCCGUCCCCACUGAGGCCGACACACAGGACAACAAAGUCACCAGCACCAAAAGCCGCGGCAGCCCUGAGUUCACUGUGACCAUCAAGAACACAGCACGGACUCCGGCCAGUACCAAAGUGACCAGCAGUACAGAAGGCCGGCUGGCUCAGAUGGACUCCACGGCGACUGUCAGUGUGUUCGAACGGCUGGGGAAGAAGCUGAAGUAACAGGAUUUCACAAAAGGCACUCACAAGGCUUUAUUUUUCUAUAUACAUAAGGUGCUGCUUCAGUCAUGACAACACACCAUUUUCACAUUGACUGAAACACUGUGGUUUGGGAAAUUCCCAACAACUAGUUCCAGCCAAAAGAUCCUGGGAUUAACUGACAACAUAAGGAUCCUAUUGAGAGAAUAAUUGGAGAGAACAAGAUUUUAAUUAGCAUUUAGGCUUUGUUUUGAUAAUUUAUUCAGAGCCCUUUUUGUUUGUGUGUUGAUGGGAGGGUGUCAAAGCUUUUUUAAGGAGAUAGUAAAUUUGAUGCAGAUAUUUUGUACAUGAUCACUGCCUUGGCUCACGAAUUUAGAGGAUGCCUUGUUAUCAGCCAAGCCAUUGUCACUCUGGCUCUUGCUGGGGCUUUUUCUUUUGCAAUUUAACAUGGUGCAGUGUGGUCACAGUCACUAAUUUAAUGAACCCUAUUGGGACUUGGAUAAAUCUGAUUGUUUAGUUCAUUACGGAGCUACUGCUGUUCCUGGGCAUCAGUCACGUUGGGAUACCUCAGCACUGAGGAAUACCAAGUGCAAGACUGUUCCAAGCAGGCUGUUUUACAAAGUUAUUUUGUGAGUUUUUAAGUGUUUGAUACCUAACCCUGUGUAUUUAUAAGCCAACCUUUACUCCUCACCAUUUGUUUUUCGUGCUUCUGAGAAGAUAUAAAAUUAUUUUAAUUCAGCUCUUGUUACCUCUUGAUUUGUGGUUUAGGCAUUGACCAGGGAGCCACUUUCACCACUAAACUCAGGCAGCCAAGGUGACUUGUUUUAUUACAUUUAGUCCAAAUGGAAUGGCCGUUCCCAUGCAAGGUCCCCACGCUCACUGGAAUGGUCUUUAGGCAACACAAACUCAAGUAUGGUCAUCAACUAAGUGGUUGAUGGCAAUUACCUAAACAGAGUUGUGUCAGAAAAUGCAAGCAAAAUGAACUCCAAGCAUUGGUACACUAGCCACUUAGUGUAGUUGCAAAUUGGGCAAGAUUAAUAUUCAGCAACACACAAAACACAGCAGGGGGAUCUCAGCGGGUCAGGCAGCAUCUAUGGAGGGAAAUAGACAGUCGAUGUUUCAGGUCGAGAGCCUUCAUCAAGUCCAGAUCGGAAACAUCCAUUUCCCUCCACAGAUGUUGUUUGACCCACAGAGUUCCUCCAGUGCUCUGUGAUUUGCUCCAGAUUCCAGCACCUGUCUCCAAGAUUAAUAUUCAGGCCAGUAUUACAUGAUGUUAUAUGCACGUUAAAUGGAGAUACUGCUUACAACAUCCUACGUUCAUUCAAGUUCCACCUGGUUGCCUAAAGCCUUGUUUCUCUCUUGUUUUUUGGCGUUGGAGUGAGGUGGAGGUCAGGACUGGAAUAAGAAAUGGGCUUCUCAAGUCUGCUUCAUUUUCUGCCUGUCAAUAGAACUUAUGCUUGUUUAGUCCAGUGGAACUAUGAUUACCUUUUGCUAGCUCUUUGACUGCUUGCUUAACUUUUAGCAGCUCAACAAUACCUUCCUGAAGCCCAAAUGGUGACGCACUGGCGGAGUUUGUUCUGUCUGCCCUCCUUGGGAUGGUGGCGUACCACUCUUUUCCUGGGUGAACUUUGUUUCAGAAUAACAAGCAGAUAUUUAAUGCUGAACACAAUUAACUGGAAACUGCAUUCAAAUUGCAGAAAAUUUAUUUUUGGGACUCAUAGUCUUCAAAGUGUUGGAGUUACCAGGUGCCGGGCAAUGCAUCAGAAAUGGCCUGAGGGAUUGAUUAUAACAAGUCUACACUCCUGUUAUGAAUUCACUUUAAGUGUAAAAACUAUAGUUUUCUUUUAUGUAUAUGAUUAGAUGCAGAAGUCGUUGUCUUGGAUGUUCUGCUCCCUGUCCCUGAGGGUGGGCUAGGGGAGGAACCCUGGGCAUUCUCCAAGCCCCCAAGUGAUCCAUUAAGCAAGAUUCUAUAACGUGCAAUUUAAUUUGUACAUUCGGUUAAUGUUGGAACUAUCAAUGUUAAGGAACGCAUGUUAAAUUAAAAUUUAGUAUACCUAUCUAAACAUUAAAGCUACAAGUGAGUUUUAUACA